UUCCGAAAAACGCCCAAGUCCAAAAUGCUCAACGUGUCGCUGCCGCAAGCCAUCUUCCUCCCGCCGCUGCUCAUCAUCCUCGCGUCCAUCUCGCUCGUGACCUUCCAGAACCUCUACUCGACGCUCACGGCCUAUGCCACCAAGUACUCGUCCAACGACAUCAUCAAGACCCUCAAGCCUGGGCUCGUCCAGGUCAAGAACUUUCUCGAGCACGUCCUCGGGAAGGCGUCGGCCUUCAAGUUCAACCUCCAGCACGUGCUGCUCAUGGUCAUUGUGUUUGUGCUGAUCGCCAUCUUCAACGAGCUUUCGCAAGCCAACGCGCUCAAGGAGAAGGAGCUCAAGCUUCUGCGCGCGGCCAACAAGAAGGCUGCGGACGACGAGGCCAAGAAAACCAAGUAAUUCACAUCGGCUUUCUUCACGG